AUGACGUUAUCAGAUAGGAUACCGAAGGAUGUUAUGGGGAAAGGCAUACUGCCGGAGGCGCAGACAAUGGACAUAGAAGAUUUAGAUGUCCGAGUACCCACCGAAUGGUCUCUUUUUAUCUCGGCUUUAGAAACAAAAGACAAAGAUUCUUUAAAUUCCCUAUUAUACCCAGGGAGUCCUAUCAUCUCAAAUGUUCAUCCUUUCAAUGAACUAACAGCCCUCCACUACGUCUGUAAAUCCGAAUACGACCGCGACUUUGACCCCACUCACUUAAUUUCGACCCUAAUUAACCUCGGAGCAAAUGUCAAUGCUCAGACACCAAUAGGCUGCACACCUCUGCACUAUGCCCUGGCCUCCAAGCACAUUACUCUUGCCGAAAUCUUGAUUAAAAGCGGCGCAGAUCCACACAUUUGCAACCACAAUAACGAGUCGCCAAUUCACUUGGCAUUGAGACUCGGUUCUUUGGAAGGCGCCGAAUUGUUUCUGAAAGACGAGGAGAAACUCGCCGAAGGGUUCAGCCAAGCCGAGAGAAUCCUGAAUUUGGUAAAGUCUCUCGUGCGCGAGGGGAAGAGCUACAACCUCUCAAAUCCCUCAUCCUCAAACUACUCGAUCCUCCUUCAUUUUGCGAUGCUUCAGCAAGACAACGAGAGCUUCCAAUAUGUCCUGGAAAAUGCCGACAUUUAUGUCGACGCGAUUUACGAAGGCUACACUUUGUUGCAUGUUGCAGUAGCUAACGGCACGCCCUUCAUGAUCAAGGCUCUCAUUGAGAAAGGCGCUGAUACCGAAGCCUGCUACGUUUUCGACAGAACGCCUCUCGUCGAGGCGAUCAUUGAGAACAUGCCGGAAAACGUCCACUGUCUUCUGGACUCGGGCGUCUCUGUAAAUUAUGCCGAGAACGGGGAUUGUGAAAUCAACAGUCCCCUGCAUCAAGCCAUUGAUAUUCAGAAUCUCGAGAUCAUGAAAAUUCUUCUCAAACAUGGCGCGGACGUGAAUGCCCUCUCCUACAAUCUGCCGCCAAUUUUCAUAGCUUGUGGUAGCAAACUCGGCGGCUAUGAUUUCGUCUAUGAUGAUGAUUUUUUCCCAGAGCAUUAUUAUGAUCCGGAAAUAGUGGAGCUCUUGCUCGAUCAUGGAGCUGACAUUGAGGUGCGGAAUGAGGAAGGAAUGACGGCUUUGGAUAAGUCCUGUGAAACGGGCAAAAUCGAAAUAGUGAGGCUUCUUUUGCAGAGAAAAGCUACAAUUAAUGAAGAGAAUUUCACGACUCUGCGAUACGCUAUCAUUGGCGGGAAUGCCGAUGUUGUUAGAGUAAUUUUAAAAAGAACGGACGAGAGUCUAAAUUGUUCUUCUGUCGAGUACAGAACACCUCUGCAAUUCGCUAUCAGACAAUUUAGGCCUUGCAAGGAUGUUCUCACCGUGCUCGUUGUUUUUAUUGCUAAAAUGAUCGCGAGGAAUAAAUAUGUCAGUGAGGAAAAUCGAGAGACGUUGAAGGACGAGAGUGUGCGAAAAAUAUACGAGGAAUGUGAGAAGGAAAUUCAGAGAAUGAGAGUCAAGAUGAUUAGUAAUUCAUUGAAAUUUUCUUUCUUCGAUAUUUGGAUGAAAGAGGUGGAUGAUGUGGGGGGAGCAUUAUUGAAGGAUGAUGUCGCGGAGAUUUUGGAUCAGGGUUUUUACAAAAGUGAAUUCCCGAAAUAUGCUCAGGAUUUGGAGGAAUGUAUUCAGGAAGCGAAGCAUCGACGGCCACUUGUUGAUCGAGGCGUGGAGCCGUUUAGAAAAUAUGUGAAGGAGGAACUACCCCUUGAAAUCAUUUUACGAAUUUUCCAGGAUUUGAGUGUUGAAGAUUUGGAUAAUUUCGCAGAGGCGUGCUUUGUCAAUGUGCCAAGAUCUUAG